CUAGUAUUUGUGGAGUGUUAUACGAGGUCUCAACAAUGUUUUCCUUUUUAAAAUGUCUCGCUUCUUGCAGGUUCUCAUUUGUAGAUUGAUAGAUAGGCCCUUACGUCCAACCAUGCUCAAAGGGUUCUACCAUGAAACUCAAGUACUUUCUUGGGUAUUAAGUUAUGAUGGUUUGCAUCCACCAGAUGCCUUGGCAGUUACGGCUGCUGGAAUUGCUAUGGCUUUGUCAGAAGUACCAAAUUCAGAAGUUGUAGCAGGAGUUCGAGUUGGUCUUAUUGGUGAGAAGUUUAUGGUGAAUCCAACUAUACAGGAAAUGGAGAACUCGAAAUUGGAUUUGUUACUAGCAGGCACCAGAAAUGCAAUAUUGAUGAUUGAGGUAGAUUUUCCAUCUAGUAAAGGUUUUAUGAUGAAAGAGAAUAUAAAUAUUGAAUAUUCUUCUAUCCGAGGAGCAUAGAGUUGUACAUGUAUG